GUCAAUGAAAUCAUUCAGAAGGAAGAAGUGAAGAAUGGAAGAGAAGCAAAGGAGGAAGUUGUUGAUGAUGAUGAUGAUGAUGAUGAGGACGAAGAGCCAGUUCCCACUGCUGCACAGAUGAGUGCUGCCCUCUACACUCUGCAACGCCGUCUACAGGCAUCAGAUUUCACAAAAUUUGACGAUGUCUGGUGCCUGGAGAAGGACAUCAAAGAGUGCUUGCGAGUUAAGUUUCCUCCAAAACGACUGACACUAGAUCGUUUUAUUUAA